AAAUUCUCAGCACGAUUGACUCAUCGCUUAAAGUCUACCAAAACAAAUUGGAAUCCGAUCCCAAUAUGGGUAGGAGGAUCCUCACUAGUGAUAUUGGCCUAUCUCAAGCGAUCUGAGAGAUCGGAUGAAGAAAAGGAUGGAGCCGGAGUCAAGAUUGAGGGGCCAUGGCAGGUCCAUGUGCUUGGUGCACUUCCCCUUAGAAGUAUCAGUCGACUUUAUGGGAUGCUCAAUAGCUACACAUUACCCGUUUGGUUCCGAGUCCCUGGUUACCAAAUUUACUCUUGGAUCUUCGGUGUUAAUCUUGAAGAAGCUGAAGUUCAAGAUCUUCGAGAGUUUAAAUCAUUAAACGAAUUCUUCUUACGAAAACUUCGUCCUGAAUGUCGUCCGAUCUCUCAAACCUCUCUACUUGUCUCUCCUGCUGAUGGUCGGAUUGUGAAUUUUGGAACCAUCGAUGGUCGUCGGGUGGCAUCAGUCAAGGGAAUGUCGGCAAUUGACGCACUCUUAGUCGGACCCAAAUCUUCAAAUCCGAGGCAAAUCUCCGAUCGAAAGCGUUCUUCUGAAGAAAGCUCAGUAGCCGAUUCGGAGUUUGCCAAUAUCAAUGAUAUAUCAUACUCGGUAGAUCAGCUCAUGGGUUCUGGCUCAGCAUCAGAUCAAGAGGAGCCUAAGGAUGUGUCAGUGAAGACUGAGGUACCGCUCAAGUCAACUGCCAAGGUGAUGAUGGACGUCGCAAAGGGUCAACUUGAUAUGAAUCCUCGGGAAGGACAUCGAAUGUUCUUUUUAGUGGUUUACUUGGCGCCAGGUGAUUACCAUCGAUUUCAUUCACCUGCCGAUUGGAUGGUGGAACGUCGUCGCCACUUUGCUGGCGAGUUGUUCUCCGUCUCCCCAUGGAUGCUCGGCAAAUUAGCAGACCUAUUCGUAUUGAAUGAGCGUGUAGCCCUCUUGGGUAAAUGGCGACACGGUUUCUUUUCCAUGACACCAGUGGGAGCUACCAAUGUGGGUUCAAUUAUGAUCAAUUUUGAUCGUGAACUAAGAACCAACACACCUCAUCGAUUAGGAGGCUUUCAAGAAGCCUUGUAUAAUAAAGGUGUGAUGGGUGGUCAAGCUUUAGGAAAAGGUGAUGAAAUGGGAGGAUUUAGUCUUGGAAGUACGAUUGUGUUGGUGUUUGAGGCACCUGAAACGUUUCGAUUUGAGAUUAAGAAGGGAGAUUUGGUAAAAGUGGGACAAGGGAUUGGGACGAUUGGUGAAGACUAA